UCCACAGUUUGCUGAGAAACGACAGACUGCUUCGCGCGCUGCUCUCUUUCAUGUAAAUCUCCGCCGUCGGUCUGAUCACUUGUGUGCAUUUAGUUGCACGUCGCGCCAAGACUCGCCUCUGCGAUGAAGGGAACUUAUUGGAGAAAUGCCUAAGGGACGCGAUGGGCCUGAGCGACGACAAGGAUCGCAUUGUGAUAAACGUGGGAGGGAUCAGACAUCAGACAUACCGCAGCACCCUUCGCACCCUACCUGGAACGCGCCUGUCUUGGUUGGCCGAGCCUGACGCGCCCAACCACUUUGACUAUGAUGCCAAGAUCGAGGAAUUCUUCUUCGACCGCCACCCCGGCGUUUUUGCACACAUCCUCAAUUACUACAGGACAGGUAAGCUGCACUGCCCGGCCGAUGUCUGCGGGCCCCUGUACGAGGAGGAGCUGGCCUUCUGGGGCAUCGACGAGACAGACGUGGAGCCGUGCUGCUGGAUGACCUAUCGCCAGCACCGGGAGGCAGAGGAGGCUCUUGAUAGUUUCAGCGGGGGCGGCCUGUUAGACCUGGGGAACGACGAGGCUGAGCCGGAGGUGGAGCACGCCGAGGACGACGUGGAUGAGAUGACUCGCAGGCUGGCACAGGCGGACUGCCACGACACCCGGAGCGGGAGUCUGUGGAGCCGCUGGCAGAGGCGCGUCUGGGCUCUGUUCGAGGACCCCUACUCCUCUAAAUAUGCAAGGUGGGUGGCUCUGGCCUCGCUGUUCUUUAUUCUGGUGUCCAUCACCACCUUCUGCCUGGAGACCCACGAGGCCUUCAACCCCAUCAUCAACCGCACUGAGGUGGAGGUGGUGGACAAUGUGACGGUGGAGAACGUUUACCAGGAGACGGAGACCGCGGCCUACCUCACCUACAUCGAAGGCGUUUGUGUAGUGUGGUUCACUUUUGAAUUUCUCAUGCGAAUAACUUUCUGCCCAAAUAAGUUUGACUUCAUUCGGAACGCCUUGAACAUCAUUGACUUUGUGGCCAUCCUGCCCUUCUACCUGGAGGUGGGCCUCAGCGGGCUCUCGUCUAAGGCAGCUAAGGACGUCCUGGGUUUCCUGAGAGUGGUGCGCUUCGUUCGGAUCCUGCGUAUUUUCAAGCUGACCCGCCACUUCGUGGGCUUGAGGGUGCUGGGCCACACUUUGAGGGCCAGCACCAACGAGUUCCUGCUCCUCAUUAUCUUCCUCGCCCUGGGUGUCCUCAUCUUCGCUACCAUGAUCUACUACGCCGAACGAAUCGGAGCUAACCCCAACGACCCUCGAGCCAGCGAGCAAACACACUUCACGAACAUCCCCAUCGGGUUCUGGUGGGCUGUGGUGACCAUGACGACCCUCGGCUACGGAGACAUGUACCCUCAGACGACCUGUGGUAUGCUGGUUGGAGCCUUGUGCGCCCUGGCGGGCGUGCUGACCAUCGCCAUGCCCGUCCCCGUGAUUGUCAACAACUUCGGAAUGUACUACUCUCUGGCCAUGGCGAAGCAGAAACUACCAAAGAAAAAAAACAGGCAUAUCCCACGGGCACCCCAACCAGGUUCUCCCAACUUCUGUAAGACAAGCAUCAGCUCCCAACACCAUAGCCCUAUUGCCCAUGACGACGUUUUCGAGAUAAAAUUCCAAGAUUCCAAGCUGAAUGGCGAGGCAGCUAACGCAGCCCUGGCAAACGAAGACUGCCCCCAUAUAGACCAGGCCAUAUCGCCGGAGGAAAUCUUCAGCCCCGGCGAGCGAGAGCGGCCCUGCUUCCUGGUCACCACUGCUGAACGCCCCAACCACACAGGGGGCAGAGUGAGGAGGGGUUAUGAAAAGCCUUGGAGCCUUAACAGCAUGUCUGGCAUGAGCGGGGAUGCCUCUGGAGUGUCCUCAGUGUCCGCCCUGCCCUGCAGCCCACCCUGUCUAAUGCAGCACUCACAUUCUCCCAUCCCAUCCAUUAUGUAGCAUGGUUGAGUAGCAGACACAAUGCCAUUGGAAGGCCAGUCCACACUCCUCUUCUAAUCCUUCCUGUCAGACUUUUUUCCUUUUACACUUGCCUUCGCUCCUGCUUUGUUUUUUAUUUAUUUUUUUCAUUUUUACUUUUAUUUUUCUGAAAAAAAAUGUACUUAACUGUGCUUAUACUUAAGCUUCCCAAGUGUUAUCCUUGGGUGUGUCAUCAUAUCGUAGAGUAGAAAACAUUGGGACAUGCCACUCUGCAUGGGUCACCUCAGUUGCAGACGAAGCACUGUUCUAAUUUUACCACAGGCUGACCCCUCUCUUUUCCCUGUCUUGACAUCAUUGCCUGUUGCUCUGUUGCUUUUGAUCUCUCAUACUCCUCUGCCAGUAACCUUUAUCUCAUUUG